AUGAACAAAAAUGCUGCUCCUUCAAGUUUGGGUGCUGAUGGCUGCCAGCAUUUUGCAGAACAGCAAAGCAAUGCUCCUUCUAAACACCAUGAAGAGAUGAAUGGAUCAUACCCUGCUUCCAAAGCUGAUAAAGAUUGCCGUUCCCUAACAAGGACCAUAACUGGCUCAAAAGUGGGGUUUACUGUUAUAGAUGCUUCAAGGGCAAUUGAACACAAUCCAUUUUACCCCUACAAGAAAUUAGGACAGGUGAAAUCAACAGAUACCUCAGAAUGUGGCAGCACUACUGGUCCUGUGGAGGAGAGUGAACCAUUAAGAAUGUGGAAAGAAAUGAAGCAGAAUGGCUUUCUCUCAUCUUCACAUGGAGGCAUACCCAUGCCCAAACAGCGUGGUAGGCAUCAUAGAAAGAAAAAAAAUGAAGAGCUUAAGAAGAGGAAUGAGAUAGCAAAAAAAGAACAUGCUAAUAGGCUCACGAAGAUUGCUGCGCCGAGUGGAUUGCUCUCAGGACUCAACCCAGGGAUCAUAAACCAUGUCAGGAAUAGCAAACAAGUCCACUCCAUAAUAGAAGCUAUUGUGAGGUCUGAGAAGCUUGAAGGUCCUUGCCAAAAUAAGUUUCCUAACCAGUCAGGAACAGAAAACAAGGAAAAUUCUGAGAGGAGGAAAGAGCAGAACUACACGCAUAAUGCGGCAGCCAGUCAAUUAAAUCAAUCCUUAAGUAGUUCAGAUUAUAGUAUGCCAAGUUUUUCAUGGCAUACCUCUGAACUUAAUGAUGAUACGCUGACUCUAAAACUGUCAUCAACUGCAACUAUGAAAUCAGAGGAUGGAAGCAGUGCCUAUGUUAAUGAUCAUUCAACAAACCAAGAUGCUAUUUGUUCUCUAUCUUUAAAAGCUGCUAAUGUCGCUUCUCGGUGGCUGGAUUUGCUUCAGCAGGAUAUCAAAGGACGUCUGGCUGCACUGCGACGUAGUAAGAAGAGAGUAAGAAAUGUGAUACAGAUUGAAUUGCCUUACGUAUUGUCAACAGAAUUCUCUUCAAACCAAGAAAAUAGGCCCUGCUUUGAGCAAUCCUCUGAGGCAGGGGAUUCUAAAACAGCAGUUCACAAUAUGCAUGUGAAACGAUGGAAAUCACUUUUUGGUCAAAUGGAUAAAGCCCUCACUGAAGAGGGGAAAUAUCUUGAGAACUGGUUGAGACAAGUCCAAGAAAUGCAAUCACAUUGUGAUAAAGGCCUGAAAUAUGCCAGUCCUGAUGGUAUCCGACCAUUCGACCCUUUGAUAGAUUCCAGAAUGAAGAAGCCUGAUGCUCUAGAGCGUGAAUGUGCAGUAAGAGCAGCUGCAGCUUCAAUCUACUCAACAAGCAACUUAACCAUGACAAAAGAAAAUGUACAAUGUUUCUGAACUGAUUUUAAUCCAAAAUUUUCUUUUUCUUAUAAUUAUGAAAACUCUCCAUUCUCACUCACUUCUUGUUUGCUUGCUCUGUGAUUGUAUAGAACAAUCUUCUCACCCCUGUUGUCUCAAUUAUUUUCGUGUUAAAUUGUUUCCCUUUUUCAAUGUAUCAACAGUCUUGGAUUCUCUUGUUUACCAACUCAUUCAUAUAUUGAAUUU